GAUUAUGAUCCUCUUGUGGAUUUGGGAAACAAGGGCAAACAAUUUAAUAUUGAGUUUUUUGUUAUCCCUAUCCAUGGAUUUUUCGGAUUUCCAGCCAGCUAUCUUAGGUAUGAAGAGUUUAAAAAUGUUUCUUUUAAUAUUCGAGUAUCCGAUCCCAAAGCCAAAACAUAUAAAGACAUAAAAUUGCAAGAUAAAGUUAGUGAUUAUUUUGAUAAAAAGCCUGUAAUGGGACAUAUUCAUAUUAUAGUAGAAUCCAUUAGUUAG